UCUGAAUUCUUUGGUGUGCUGCCGGCCCAGGUCACUUAGUUUCUUCCUUAUUCAUUGGACGAGUCUUACUCCAUUAAGGAUUAAUUUGUGUUUGUUGCAAAACAUCACCACAGGUUUUCGUCUCUUUUCCAAAAAGCAGGACUCACUGGCUAGCCAGGCAGGAUCUGGUAACCAUUCAGCUCCUCAAAGGAAAAGGGGUGGAAAACCCGGGGUCAGGCUCCCAGGACAGGCCUCCGGAGUGGCACGCCGCCGUACUGGGGACGCUCCUAGCCACGGAUCAGGACACACACGGGUCAAAGGUAUCUCCUUCCGGGAAGAGCGAGGCUCAGCAGAAAGCCGUGGCCACCACGAAAGAGGCCAAGUUUCACACCAGGCUCAGAAGUGGAAACUGGGCACAGCCCGGGCGAGACGGCUAAGCAGCGAAGGUCCAAACUCCGCGCUGGAGACCCGCCCACCAGGGCCCGCCCCUUCGAGCAGGGCGCGUUCCGACCUCUCAGCACCUCCGUCUGUGCCAGUGCCCGCCCUCCUCUGAAGUCAUUGGUUGACUCUCAGUCCCCGCCCCCGGAAAAGCCUGCUUGUCGCAGCCAAUCGGCAGGCCCGGCGGCGGUGGAGCCUGGGAGCGAGUUAAGAAAAUGAGGCAGAAGGAAUCAUUAACCAAGACCUUCCAAGGCCCAGCUGUUGUCUGUAGGACUCCCAGCAGCCACGUUUACAUGUUCAAGAAUGACAGUGGGGACUCCGGGGACUCCUCUGAGGAAGAAUCACAGCAUGCAGUGUUGCGACCCCGCGGCAGGGAGCGCCAGAAGAGCAGCCUCCAACACCUUCAGCAGCCUGGACCCGGCCACAUGGUGCUGCUGCAGCGGGAGCUGGCCCAGGAGGACAGCCUCAACAAGCUGGCUCUCCAGUACGGCUGCAAAGUUGCAGAUAUCAAGAAAGCGAACAACUUCAUCCGAGAACAAGACCUGUAUGCUGUGAAGUCAAUCAAGAUUCCAGUGAGAAAUCAUGGGAUCCUCAUGGAGACCCACCAAGAGCUAACCCCUCUGGGCCACCCAUCCUCCGAGACCAAAGAGGCCCUGGUAGAACUGCCUGAAGAUGAAGAUGCCACUGGGACAACUCCUCCAGGCAACCAGCUAGCAGCCUUCUUCAAGGGAAUUGAUGAGAACAUCGAGCAGGCUGUGCAGUCCGACGUCUUCCACAGUGACCGCUGCUGUGUGGAGGCCCCGGAUCAGCCGCUGCUCCCCACAACCCAAAAGCCAUCGUCUGACGGUGCGGACUGUGGGAUUCAGUGGUGGAAUGCCGUCUUCCUUAUGCUUCUCAUUGGGAUUGUGCUGCCAGUGUUCUAUCUCGUCUACUUUAAAAUGCAAGCCACCGGGGAGGCCUCCAACAGCUUGAAUGCAACUGUUGUCCCCAACAACUCCAUGACCCUGAGCCCUGUUCCAGGGCAGGCCCCCAGGUUGGCAGUUCCAGUGCCCACCCUCUCUGCUUCAGACAGCCAGGUCAGCCCGACCACCCAGGCAGGGGCCUAAGCUCUUUUUUUUUUCUAGAAUUGGCAGGCUUUGGCAAUUGGCUCUUGAUAUGUGUAGCUGUCACCAGCUGUUUGCCAGGAGUGUUGCAUUUUGUUUCCUGAGAUGUAUGGACAGUUACAGAAGUUAACCAUGACGAUCUGGAUUAUAUGGACUGAGAAAUGGCCUGGCCUAACCCAGCGAUGCAGGAGCUCAGACAUCCACCUUCCCAGCAGGACAUUUAUGUGGAACUCAGGGCCGUUUCUUGAGAACAUGUGGGGGCCUGGCUGUGAGCGCUUGCACAGUCAUUCUGUGAGUGUUCCUGAGUAGAACAGGACAAGGGCUCUUCAGUAUCGGUGUCCCCCGUGUUGGAUCCAGUCAAACGACUGUCAGUGUCCCUUGCCUCCUAAGGGGAGAGAUGAGCUCAGAGCCACGUCCUGUGUCUAGAUAAACCAAGGUGCUCUGCAGGAUGUCACCAAGUCUUAGAGUACAGGUCACAGUUUGUGACAGCCUGACGUGUUUCCUCUUCACUUGGCCCCACUGAGGCAGUUGCACUUUAGAAGCGAGACAGUCCCAAAUCCAAACUGCCAUCCUUUGAUUUAAGCUACACUACCCAGAUACACGCUAGGAGCAUCUCUGUGGUGAUGGCUCCCUGGAUUCUCCCAGUUGGCAGCUGGGGAACAGCUGUUAUUACAAGUGGUUCGAAGGGAGUACGUCCGCCAUCAAGAUCCCAACACGUGCACCUUUGAGACAAAUAUGUUGUCAAGAACAGGAGGCCCACCCCCAUCCCCACCAUGUGUGCCUGAAGCAGUGUUCAUCCCGCUGUCUCCUUGACUCCACUCUUUGGGGUUAUGUCCUUAGCAUAAACUUGCAGAGGCUGCGCCUCAGUUAAAACCAGACACGAUGAGGGUCAGCUUUCUGUUACUAUAAUAAAAUAAUGCUAAAUAGGAAA